AUGCCCGCCACCGUCACUGUCCUCUACCCCAACGAGCCCGAUGCCAAGUACGACAUCGACUACUACAUCAACAAGCACAUGCCCCUCGCCGGAUCGACAUGGAAGGCGUUCGGCGUGACCAGCUGGUCUGUCACCAAGUACGCCCCUGGCCCUGACGGCGCGGAGCCCAAGUACGCUUUUGCCGGCAUCCUCCAGUGGGACAGCGUCGAGUCAGUCAAGAGGGCGCUUGCUUCAGCCGACACGGCCAAGAUCAUGCAGGAUGUUCCCAACUACAGCAACAAGCAGCCUGUCUUCUUGAUCGGCGAUGAGGUUCACAACGUUACCGUUUAA